CAGCUUUUGGGCAGUGCUGCCUUGCAGAUAAGGAGCCAGCCCCUGGCAGGGGCAGGGUGUCGGCACCGCGAUUUCUUUGGCCAGCGGUGGGAAGGGAACCCCUGGCACAGCCCCCAGGCUCUCAGCUGACAGCGGACCAGAGGCAGAAGGUGGAUACGGGCAGGCGGCUUCUCCGAGCUGAGCUCCGAGGGGAAAGCAGCGGCAGGAUUUCGUUUGCCUGCCUCUUAAGGCAGUGAAGUCUCCAUCCCCUCCCACGUUCCCUCCCCAGCCCUGACCCUGUCCGGCGCAGGGGUGGUGGGACCUCAGCGUUCAUCUGGAGUUUCCCAACUAGCCCCAUGAAUCCCUAUGUCAACUGCUCCAGUUCCGAGUUCCCCCUGCCUCAGCAAGACUUCUCUGUGGAGCCCAUCAGCCCUGAUCUCAGCAACAGGACUCACCCAGAGACCUUUUUCGACCCGAAGGAUGCCAACCUGACAGAGGAGCAGCUGCGGGAUAAGUACCUGGGACCUCGACGGUCCAACUUCUUUGUCCCAGUCUGUGUCAUUUACCUGCUGAUCUUCUUGGUGGGGGCUGUGGGCAACACGCUCACCUGCAUCGUCAUCCUGCGGCACCGCUUCAUGAGGACACCCACCAACUACUACCUGUUCAGCCUGGCCGUGUCUGACCUGCUGGUGCUGCUGCUGGGGAUGCCUCUGGAGCUCUAUGACAUGUGGAGCAAUUACCCCUUCCUGCUGGGGGCCAGUGGCUGCUACUUCAAGACGCUGCUCUUCGAGGCCGUCUGCUUCGCCUCCAUCCUCAACGUCACGGCCCUGAGCGUGGAGCGCUACAUCGCUGUGGUGCACCCGCUCAAAGCCAAGUACGUGGUGACCAGGAACCACGCCAAGAGGGUCAUUGUCACCAUCUGGGUCUUGUCAGUCAUCUGCUCCAUCCCCAACACCAGCCUCCACGGGCUGCAGCCUCUCUACGUGCCAGGACGGGGGCGGGUGCCUGAUUCAGAGAUCUGCACCCUGGUGAAACCACGCUUGACCUACAAUCUCAUCAUCCAGGUCACCACCAUCCUCUUCUUCUUCCUGCCCAUGGGGACCAUCAGUGUCCUCUACCUUCUUAUUGGGCUGCAGCUCAAGAAAGAAAAGAUGCUGGAAGCCUUGGGAGCCAAGAACGGCAGCAGCCGCAACUGCCACAGCCACCAGGGGCAGAAGAAGGUCAAGAGGAGGCAGGUCACAAAGAUGCUGUUCGUGCUGGUGGUGGUGUUUGGCAUCUGCUGGGCUCCCUUCCACACCGACCGCCUCGUCUGGAGUUUUGUAUCCACCUGGACCAGCAGCAUGCUCCACAUGUUCCAGUACGUCCACAUCAUCUCGGGCGUCUUCUUCUACCUGAGCUCGGCCGCCAACCCCAUCCUGUACAACCUGAUGUCCAGCCGCUUCCGGGAGAUGUUCCGGGAGGCGCUGUGCCGGCCCGGGCGCCGCCCGCCCUGGGGACACUCGCCCAGCGUCACCCGCACCGCCAGCCGCAGCACCGAGUGCGAGCCCGCGCCCGGCGCGCUGCCCCUCGCCCACGCCGAGGAGUACGAGCUGCAGGACGUGCAGGGGGGCCGGGCCAGCAGGCACGCACUGUCCCUCUGCUGA